GUGCACCGCUACCUCUGACAGCUCCACGAGGAACUGCAGAGAACGGCGGAACGUCUGACCAAGGCACUUCUCACGGAAAGGCAAAAUGGCUGCUGCACCACCGGAAGUGACGAAUAGACCAUGGGCGGGGUUUCAAUUUUAACCAGCAAACAAAAAAGAAACACUUCUACACAUAGAACACGCUUUAAAGUGCGUCUCUAGUUACAGGAGCUGAUUUGUAGUGCGGCGGCCAUUUUACCGGAGACCUCGUUCAGUAUUUGUAUGAUAAUCGUGUCUUCCUGUCCGCGUUGAACUGUAGACCUGCCAGCCUGACCUCUUGUGUCCAGGAGUGGCUUUAUGGAAGUGGAGGGAAGAGCUCAUAUAUAUCGAGUUGGGGGAUCCUGCGGUUACCUGUGGGGCGUGAUAGUGAAGACAAGGUAGAGGUAUAAUGAGCUGAAGAUGGCAAGUCAGAUUAAAGACAAAGAAGCUUUUCAAAGACUAAACUUUCUGUACCAGGCUGCACAUUGUGUCUUGGCUGCAAACCCUGAGAAUGUGGAACUCGCUCGAUUCUACUGUCAUACAGAAAAAACUAUUGGCAAACGUUUAGUUUUAAGGCAGGAUCCUUCUAUAAAAAGAACAAUUUGCAAGAGAUGCAGCUCUCUCCUACUUUCAGGCAUCACAUGUACUGUAAGACAAAGAAAACGUCGAGGACAAAGACUAACUAUAGUCAGAUGUCUAAGCUGCGGACUUACUAAACCUUUCCUAAAUAAUCCAAACUACAAGCUCUGGAGUGAACAGCCAGAAGCCCUACUAGAAAACCAACCAAAACCAGAUAUGAACCCUGGAUCUCAUCAAAACUUACCAAAAGAAAGAAAUGAAUCUUCUGCCGAAACACAGAAUGCUAUCAAGAUUACCUCCUAGCAUGUUACAGCCCACUCCCUGUAUUAUGAAUGGGAAUGAAUGGGCACUUUUAUUUUCAGAUUUUUUUUUUUUUUGUUAAACUUUGUGCUUACAGCAUGUGGUGUGUGUGACUAAACUAGACAUUGGAUGUCAUGUGUAAAAACUAGUGCAAGGAAAAACACUGCGUCUCCAACAGAAAAUAACAAUGCUUGCUUUCAUUUUCUAACCCUUCACUUGCAGAAUGAGUUGUAAUCUGGUUGUUGUGAUUAGACCCACUGUUUUCCUUGCUCUAGUUCCCUGUCUAUAUUAGAUGUGGGUGAGAUAUACUAUACUAUAAUGGAGGGUGCAUGUUAAAGGAUUGUCCAGUAUAAGAAAAAAUGCUGAUUCUAGUUUGCACUCCGGUCCAGUUUGUGUCUGGUAUUGCAGCUUGGCACCACUGAAGUGAAUAAGACUGGGCUGCAGUACUACACACAGCCUGUUAUAAAAAGGAUUUAUGCUGCACUGGACAACCCCUUUAACUGUGAACAGAAUUGUAUUACUUACUCCUCCAUAAAACAUUUCAUAUUGCUGAUAAGUGUAAAACUACUGUAAAUAAACUGACAACUCUAUA